CCGAAGCUGGCUGAGACCUACUGCGUGUGCCACCUGGCAACCGGGGACAUGCUGCGGGCCAUGGUGGCCUCGGGGUCCGAGCUGGGCAAGCGGCUCAAAGAGACGAUGGAUGCGGGGAAGCUGGUGAGCGAUGAGAUGGUGGUGGAGCUGAUUGAGAACAACCUUGACUCCCCUCCCUGCAAGAAUGGCUUCCUCCUGGACGGCUUCCCACGCACGGUGAAGCAGGCCGAAAUGCUGGAUGAGCUCCUGGAGAAGCGGAGAGAGAAGCUGGACUCUGUCAUUGAGUUCAGCAUCCCUGACUCCUCGCUCAUCCGGAGAAUCACUGGACGGCUGAUUCACCCAGCGAGCGGCCGCACUUAUCACGAGGAGUUCAGACCCCCGAAAGAGCACAUGAAGGACGAUGUCACCGGAGAGCCCCUGAUCCGCCGUUCGGACGAUAACGAAACAGCCUUGAAAACCCGCCUGAAGGCCUAUCACACGCAGACCUCUCCCCUGGUCUCCUACUACAGCAAGCGAGGGAUCCAUACGGCGGUGGAUGCCUCCCAGUCUCCCGACGUGGUGUUUGCUAGCAUCCUGGCAGCCUUCUCGAGAGCAACAUGUAAAGACCUGGUUAUGUUCAUCUAGGGCUCCGUCCCAGGACGGAGCCCUCCCUUUUCUCUCUCUCUGUCUCUCCAUCUCUGUCUCUCUGGGGCUAGGGAGGGUGAAGAGCUAAGCAGAGUAGGAGAGGAGGGAACAAGACGACGCAGCCCAAGGCAGGGUUGUGCUAAUUCUCUAUUAAACAAGCUGUUAACGGUCUC